AUGUGUUUUCUCAAGUUGCUUGGAGGCGAGUUCAAGCUCCAGCUGCUUUGUGUCUUGAAAGAUGACGGUUCCACCCUGGUUUUGAUGAUUCUACAGCAGGAUUCGGCUGAAGACUUUUCGAUGACCAAGUGCUUCGAUGGGUUAGGCAUAGACACCAUCAUGAAAGAGAACGACGCUUCGCUUGCCUUGUCUGCAACCGUGUGCAUUGAAGACAAAGAGUUUUGGAAAGUACUGAAAGUUGCUGGACGAAAGAUUGAUGGAACACUCCUCUACAGCGAUGGAUCUCCGAUUAUUCGUUUUUCUCUUGGGGAGUGCGAGAUCUUGAAGAUGACGGCUGAGGGAGAUGCCUGGAUUGGCAAGGAGGAGGUCGUUUGCAGGCUGCGUGCAGAACUAUUGGAUUUGGACAAUGUACGUCGGGGCACUUUUGAGUGUGCCGUCAAGUACAGAGUUACUGACCAUCAUUUGAAUAUGGCUUUGAAAUUGACGGGCAAAGAAAACAAUAGCAUCAACUUGGGACACUGGGUGCCCUUGCUUGAUUGGGUUGAGCUCUACGGCAUUGCAGCUUCAGUUGAUGGAAGCAUUGAGGACACCCGCGACACGUCUUUCACAUUGCAAGGGGGAAUUCGAUUCGUUUUCGAUGGGAAAAGAGAUGAACCUGAGGGCACCUUCGAGUUUGCCAUAAUGUAUGCACCCGCCGACUUGGAAUUGCAAGCUUUCCGUGGCAUUGGGGUUGUGUAUUUGUACAUGGAUAACAUCAGUUUCCUUCUGUUGCUCCGGGGCUUUUUCAAGCUGGACAAAGAUGUGCUCAAAUCCCUCUCUUGGGUGGUGAAAUGGUUAUUGCCCCUUCGCACUCUUGGGCUACUUGCCAAAAACACAAGCGGAGAACUCACAGAACUUCCCGGAACUGCUUUGAAAGAUGAUAUCGCAGACAGACGCGACAAGAUUUGUUCCCUCUUGAAGCAGAGGGAGGUUCUGCCCGCAUGUGGCAAACGGAUAUAUGCGUUCCAAGCUACAUGGAAACUCCUGUGCUUAGAGGCCUCAAUAUUUGCGUACGUCGAGUUGCCAGCGGAGCCUACCACAAAGGCCAAAGAGUUCACAAAGCAGGUUUGCAAACCUAAGGCCAGCUCCGACACUGAUGUGUAUGCUGAGCUUUUGGCGACAGUUGAGCCCUUUGAGCUCGUGGUUGGAAACCUCAAGGUCUUGAAAGUAUGUUCAGCAAGCGAUCCCAACAAGCCCAUGGAGUUAACCAUCAAGGUCGGUGGUUUGAAUGACUUGUAUUUCAGGCUAGACGCUAGCAUCGCUCUGUUUCCUGAUGCUGGCUUGUUUUCUUCUUACUUCGAGUGCUACAUCGAAUUUCUGAAAGGAGAGAAGAAACAGCCUCGCCUGGUGGUGUAUGUUGAGGUACAGUUCUUUGAGCAGCUCCGCUUCAAAGGCUAUGUGCGACUUACAAUGUCCAAGCUCGGCUCCGCGCUAUCAAAAACCAUAGCAGAUGAACAUGCCAGAGAUUCAUUGAAAGGACAAGCUGCGUCAGCUGUCCAAAAGGCAGCGGACAUGCUUCUAGUGCCAAGGGCUGUGAAAGCAAACCUGCACUUGGAAGGAGACAUCAAUGAGGUAAUGCGGAGCCUAAUGGCGAAAGCAGCGAAAAACAUUCUCAAUGGCAUCAAGGAAGGAUUAGAUGCUGCAAAGAAACAGCUGGACAAGCUGAAGUCCGUCCCAAUCCUGGGCGGCUUGUGUGAACUGUGCCAAUGGCUCAUCAAGGCACUCAACUUUCUCAUUGAUCUGAUGGGAGACGGUGUGAAUUUUCUCAUUAACCUGGCGAAUCAGAUCUUGGGGAAAGGGGUGAAGGUCCACUGGAUCAAUGUGGGAGGUGAGGUUGGUGGCAGUCAGGGGGUGGAAGCUUAUGUGUCCUUCAAGAUCACCGUACUCGGCGUGACCAUCACAACAGGAUUACAUGUGAAUCUGAGAAGCGUAUUGGAAGACCUGGCCAAGUAUUUUUUGUCCCUGUUCACCGGCUUCCACGGUCAUGACAAGGGCGUGGAGCAGCGUUCGCUGGGAUAUGUGGCGGACGACAACGACUCUGACGAGGAGUCUUAUCCAGAUUCAAAGCCCUUCACAGCAGGGAGCAUCGAGGGUGACUCUGAGUACAAACGCGAAGACGUAGAGGCGGACUAG